UUAAACAUUCAGAAUUUCAGACAAUUCAUCCAUUUUAGAUGAAACAAAACCAGAUAGCAAAAAAAAAAAGCAGUAAGAUACUCUGAUAAACCUGUUUUUUUUACUCAGAUCGGGUUCAUUGUGCUUCAAAACUCAGAUGAUCAACCCUCAACGGAUUAAGGAUCAACCUGAAACAGAUUUCUUAUCGAUCAUUUUAUAUAGAAUUCCUUACCGUUCUUCUCAUCUAUACUUGCAUAGACGUGUGAGUAGUAUAUAUGCAUUUAAAGAGAGAGCUUGAGCUCUGAAUUCGAAUUAAGAAAUUGAGCUAAGCCAGAUCACAAAUGGACACCUCGCAUGGAGGAGGAGAAGGAGGAGGAUCUGAAAGGGAGAAGUUCAACUCCACGUCCUCCUCCUCCUCCACCCCAAUCGCAGCAGUCGCCAGCUUCUGGAAAGAGUUUGAUUUAGAGAAAGAAAGGACUGUGCUAGAUGAGCAAGGUCUUAGAAUUGCUGAAAAUCAGGAGAACAGUCAGAAAAACCGCCGAAAGCUGGCAGAGAGCACACGAGAUUUCAAGAAAGCUUCGAAUGAAGACAAAUUGAGCUUAUUUAAUUCCUUGCUCAAGGGUUAUCAAGAAGAAGUUGAUAAUCUUACCAAAAGAGCAAAGUUUGGGGAAAAUGCGUUUCUUAACAUUUAUCAGAAAAUUUAUGAGGCACCAGACCCGUAUCCACUUAUUGCUUCAAUUGCUGAAAAGGAUUCCAAAUUAUCAGAGUUGGAGUUUGGGAACCGUAAAAUGAAAGUUGAGCUUGAAGAGUUCCGCAUGGAGGCAACUCAUCUUAAAAAUCAACAGGCUACCAUACGGAGGCUUGAAGAGCGCUGUCGUCAAUUAGAACAACAGAUGGAGGAAAAAGUAAAGGAAAUUGUGGAGAUUAAGCAACGCAAUUUGGCAGAAGAAAAUCAGAAAACAUUGGAGGUUUUAAAAGAAAGGGAGCAGCUAUUGCAGGAUCAAUUACGUCAAGCUAAAGAAAGUGUUUCAAACAUGCAAAAAUUGCAUGAAAUUUCCCAGAGCCAGUUAUUUGAAGUUCGUGCACAAUCAGAGGAAGAGAGAGCAGCAAAGCAUUCAGAACUAAAUCUUUUAAUGGAUGAAGUAGAACGUGCUCAAGCUCGCCUUCUAAGCCUUGAGAGAGAAAAGGGGGUUUUGCGUUCCCAGUUACAAUCAGCUAAUGAAGAUAAUGGUGAUAAGAAAAGUGAUAAUAUAGACAAAAGUAGCAUCCUUGAGAAUUCUUUGAGCUCCAAGGAGAGGAUAAUCUCUGAAUUAAAUAUGGAACUUCACAAUCUGGAGAGUACCUUAUCUAAUGAGCGAGAAAUGCACAUUAAUGAGGUGAAGAAGCUGAAUGUUCUACUACAUGAAAAGGAAGUUGCUCUUGAUGAAAUGAAGAAGGAACUUCAAACAAGGCCUACGACGAAGUUAGUUGAUGACUUGAAAAAGAAAGUACAAAUCUUACAGGCUGUGGGCUACAACUCUAUUGAGACUGAAGAUUGGGAAGCUGCUACCAGUGGAGAAGAGAUGAGUAAACUUGAGUCAUUACUUCUCGACAAAAACCGGAAAAUGGAGCAUGAGCUCACACAGUUGAAGUUUAAACUUUCAGAAAAGGCAUCAUUACUUGAAUCAGCUGAAGCCAAGAUUGAUGAAUUGACUGUGAACGUAAGUGAACAACAAAGACUAAUCCAAAAGCUAGAGGAUGAUAUUCUAAAGGGAUACAGUUCAAUACAAGAAAAGAAGAGUAUGGUAUUUGAUGAUUGGGACCUUUCAGAGUCUACAAGAGCAGAGCCUUCUGAUAGCAUAGAACUAAGGCACAUUUCUUCGGACCAAGAUCAAAGCUCAAUGUUUAAAGUGAUAUGCAACCAACGAGAUCGCUUCCGGGCACGCUUGCAAGAGACAGAGGAGGAAAUAAGGAAGUUGAAGGAGAAAAUUGGGGUUUUGACAGCAGAACUUGAGAAAACCAAAGCUGACAAUGUCAAACUUUAUGAAAAGAUCCGAUAUGUUCAGGAUUACAACGCUGAAAGGGUUAUUUCAAGAGGAUCAAAGAAGUAUGCAGAAGAUGUAGAAAGCGGCUUUGGCUCUGAUGUGGAAUCUAAGUACAAGAAGAUGUAUGAGGAUGACAUAAAUCCAUUUGCUGCAUUCUCAAAGAAGGAAAGAGAUCAGAGAUACAAGGAGUUGGGUUUGAGGGAUAAAAUAACUCUAAGUAGUGGGCGUUUCCUCCUAGGGAACAAAUAUGCUCGGACUUUUGCAUUCUUCUAUACGAUUGGAUUGCACGUCCUAGUAUUCACCUGCCUGUACAGAAUGUCUGCUCUGAGCAACUCUGGCAAUGCAGCAGAGGAUAAGAUCAUCGACCUUCCUCAUCCACAGUAAUACCUUUGAAGACAUGAAUUUUCUUCUCUGAGCUGAUCCCUGCAAAUUAACAGGAGCAAGCUAUAUACCACAUGAUGUGAUGUAAAUAGAGAAGAAAUAGUCAAACAGUCGCUUCCAUUUUUGUUGACAGCAGAAUGUAAAGGAAUCAUCAUGUUUUAUAACCUUUACUUCCAUCUGUGAAUGGUUUCUUCUUUUUAGAGCAUUCAUGUACUGUAAUGGUUUUAAUAUAAAAAUGAGAAAAUAUAUUAUUUAUGUUGUGGGAGAAACUACAAUCCAACGUUUA